UAAAGAAAACUGUUGAAUUGAUUUUUUUUUCAGUUGGUUUGUAUUUAAUUUGUAUUAGAACAUUAAGCACAAUGUCGAGGGUAAAUUCAAGAAAGUACCUUGAAAAAUGGGAAGCGGAUUAUCCUUGGCUUAAAAAAAGCUCUGAUGGUACUGAAUCAGCAUUCUGUACCCUUUGUCGUGUGACUAUACAACCACGGAAAUCGUCUGUAGAACAGCACAGUGUUACUUUUAGACAUGCUUCAAGAGAAAAGCAUCUUAACACAAAAAGCCAGAUUACGUUUCCUUUAGUAUCAAAGAAAGCAGACUGUGAAGCAGAUAUUUCAACGAUAAAUCACCUUGGAGAAAUCAUUUCUCUUUAUGGAAAAAAUAGUCCCCUUGAAAACCUUCGUCUGCAUCGAACCAAAUGUACCCAAAUUAUUAAAAAUGUAAUUUCUUUAUCAAUCGAAUCAGAAAUUUCUGAAUCAAUGGCAGAUAAACCUUUUUCCAUCCUGAUUGAUGAAUCAACUGAUGUUUCUUUGACAAAACAUCUUUGCAUUUGUGCUCGAUACUAUUCAGAUGAAUAGAAAUCAGUUAUCGAUGAUUUUCUUGGUUUAGCUGCUGUGAUAUCAAC